GGUAAGAGAUGACAUCAAUCGGUGCCCUAGGGCUCUUCGUUACCAUUCUAUUCAUCACCUCGAACCCAGGAGACACUCUGAUACAAGUGAUACUUGACUUCGACCGGUGGGAAACUAACAAUGGUUCGGAGUUUUUCAACAUGGAGAAGUUCCGUGUACGAAAAUUCAAUCGCACGAUAUCUGUGAUGAACGGUACCGGUUUCCUACUGCAGGAUCUGGAUAACCGAUAUGAGUACGGCGUCCAUUUUGCCCGUAGUGCCCUCGGCAACAACCAGUUUAAUGCAUAUCCGAUGAAGCUGGCAUCGCGACCAUUUUGUGACUUCAUUCAAACGUACUACCGCGACUACCAGCAUCUGUUUCUCAAGUACACUAAUCUACCAUUCGUACCGGCCGAGGGUUUAUGUCCGUUUCCGAAGGGCGAGUACUGGGCAAAGGAUGCGUUCAUUGACUCGUCCGUCAUUCCGAUCGUGGUUCCGGAAGGGCUUUGGCGGUGUACGACCGAUCUAACCGACAGCGCCACCGGUGAACUGCUCGCGCGUGGUUCGAUGUAUGUGAGGCUAACGAAGGAACUGGUUCAGUAGGCCAUGUUCUGCGCGUU